AUGACAGAGUCCGCCAACAUCCAAGCAGUUGUCGGUCCAGCUCUCAUUACGCUCCAGCAAAGGAAGAACUACGACGAAUACAACCCAGUUCAGGUGGUCCAGACGGCCCGAGUCCUGUCUGUAUACCAUAUCCUGUUCAUUGUCGCCCAAAUUUUCCAGCUCAUUCUUCUCUGUGACGCCAUGCUUAACAAAAAUACCAUUCAGAUCAUUGCCAUCGUACUUUUCAACUGCGCGAUGGUCGCCUACGCGGGAGUUCAAGUGAAGCAGGCCUCAGAUAUUCUUAUCAGGACGCCAGGCGACUCGCUACCCAACAUGAUUCUGGAUUUCUUUGGACGGGACGCAAACCCGACACCUUAUCACGCCUCGUUACCGUUCGAAAUCGCUGUACUAUCGUUGAUGGUUAUCUUUGCGGCGGGAUUCGCCUUUAUCGCCUACAAGCUGUACAAGGAGUUUGGAUGGAGCAUUUACAAAAAGAUUGGCGCAGACUUGGCCAUGCGAGACAUGUACAAGGUGUACCAGAUCUUUAUCAUGAUUCUCAAAUUCGACAUCUUUUUCCAACUUGGAUUCUCGGCGCAAUUUCUUUCUGUGGUCGUGUUGCAGUACGAAAAUGUCCCAGGGGUGCCACCAUCGCAGGUGUUGUCAAAGGACGAGAUGAAGAACAUCUUGAUUAUCCAUCUCGUUUUGUCCAUGGGAGCGUCCUUUGUUUUACCAUUUCUUGCAUGGUGGGGCUUGAAACGCGAGAGCAAAAUUUCGAUGAGCUGUUUUAUCGUAGGAGGAUUCGGAACGCUGGUCUAUAAUAUUAUCAAGCUGAACCAAGUGUUUAGCGAGCCCACGAGAUUCGUAGGCGCAAAUAAGUUCCUUGUUUUCUUUUUGGUCGUCAAUUUACUUCUCGGAAUAGCUACGCUAUAUUUUGCGUGGGUCUGCAUGAAAAACUUCAACAACGGAUUGAAUGCACACAGUAAGUGA